UUGGAAUCAGCAGCGAAACUAUGAGCUUUUCUCGAGCAACUUCCGCAGAUAUCAGAUGAGUCAGAGUUUACUUUGUACACUUGUUUGACCAUUACCAGGUUUUGCCGGUCGGUGAAAGCGAAAUUAGAAAUUAAACCGCAGAGCCUGCGCAAUCUAGAAGAAGUUUGUCAGCGAGCUCGCGAGCUAGCUCAAGUUGCUAGCCCGGUGUGUUUAAAGAAGUCAGCCAGCCGUUUGUCUCAAAAUGCUGCGGGGUGACUAGUUAGCAGGAGCGGCGCACUUGUCGUGGUUUUUCUACCCGACAUGUUUCUGCUAGAGGACUGGGAGAUCGAGGCAGGCGGCCGUUGGACCUCAGUGAAAACCAGGCUCACCAUGGCUAAACAAAAACAGCUGCUCUGUUGAUGAGAGGAAAAAAGUCAGGAGGACAACAUCAGCGAUUAUGAGCACGGCAGAACAGAAGGACAGGGUCUUGUCCACAAGCGAAGACCCUCUCCCGUGCCUCCACAACUCUAAAGCUGACCCGCUGAUCCGAAGCCGACCCCUCAGUGAUAUAUACCCAUUCCACAGUCGUGCUGACAGAAGUGCAGUCCCCUAUCUGCUUUCUGGAUGUGGCGCCCAAGUGCAGCCGAUGACUGCAGGUCCUGAUGAGAACAGAUUGAAUGGCAUCAACUCCUCUUCCUGGUCCAACCCGGUUAUAGAUCAGCCUGAGGGAAAGCCUUACUCCUCAAGAAUUAUGAAGCUUUUUUCUAACUCAAAGAAGGGCCCUGUCCCUGCUCACUGUCCAACCACUGACGGUUCCACCUCAACCCACAGCAACAGUGGCCCCCAGUCCUGGUCAGGACUUUCAGGACUGGGUGUUGUGGACUCCUUUAAGAAGCUCCGCUCCUCUGUGCUCCAGGGUAUACAGAGUAAAGGGGCCAUCAUCAACGAUGGAGAGCAUGUUACUUCAUCUAAUCAGGAAGUGGCUAAUGGCACCAUUGUGGCCAACAGUGACCCUGGUCUAGAUGAUGAAAUAAAUCAUUUCAAUGUUGCAGAGGGACACAGUUGUUCUAAUGGAAAUUUUAUUGCACAAAAGGUGGCUGUGAUGAGCCAGUGUGGAUCAGAUAUUGAGGACUACGAUGAUGAGGAAAAUGAUGAAGGAGAUGGUCUCACACGCAACACGCGGUUUUCCAGGAGUAUCAGGAGAGCGUACGGAGCAGGACGCAUUUCUUUACUUGACGCAGGGAAUGGAAGACUUGCGGGAAGAACCACAAAUCAACCUAAGGAUGGUCAGAAACCAGAGCAGACGUCCAAGGCGAAUGCCCAAACAGAGAACAUGAAUGGGAACACAAAUGUGAAGGUGCUGAGAAGACUGAGCAAAAGUGCAGAAAACCUUCAUAUAUUUAAGGCACCUUUCAGACGCAAAGCCCCAUCUCCAGGACCUCCUUCUCCUAAAGAAGGCCCCCAGAGGACUAUGUCAAACGGGACACCAAGCAUCCAGAGGACAGCCAGCGCUUCCUCAGUGGACCUCCGAGGCAACAGGAAGAGCCCUGUGAAGCCCAAAGGCCCAAUGCUUAAGCUAGUCGGCAGCAUGACUGACCUGACUGUCCGACGCAGACGGAGUCCUUCCCCCAGCCCCACCUCUCCAUCUCUCAUGUCACCCCUGAGCCGUCUCCACGACGACUACUCCCGCCGCGUGCCUUGCCUAACAACCAACGAGCGGCAGCGCCGGCCCUCACCCGUUAGAGCCCGGGUCCUGUCUGUCGGACACACCCCCCUGGUUCACCCACAGCCUGAAUGCCAUGCCAGCCCACAGCAGCACCAGGUCCUCAUCAGCCCGGUUUCUGUGGAGCCCCCAGAGAGAACAGGACUGACUUCACCUGGUAUCUCUGCUCAUUAUGAUUCGCUGACUGUUGCCACAACAAGUGCAGCAGAAUGCGAUUCAUUGCCACUCAGCCAAGAAGAGCCUUCACAACCGCAAGAACAGACUGAGGUCAGCAUGCAACCAAACGAGGUGACAUCAGACCAACAAGGGCAAGAAGCACUGCUCCAAACAGAAGAUGUCUCUCCAGCAAGCAGCAGCACCCCUCCCAUCUCGCCGACAUGCUCCUCAGAGUCACCCACAUCACCCACAGAUGCAUCCCCAGCUUCUUCCACAGAAACCUCCUCCAUCAAGCCCAGACGAAGGAGUGGGCGCCCGAGACCUCGGCCCAUCUCUGACUACGGGCAGCUUAUUUCCAGGAAGCUCUCCAUUCCAGAGGAAGGGGCAGAACUGCGUGCUGAAGAAAGGACAGCAAAUGCAUCACUGCAUAAAGACUGCAGUGGUGAUGACGCAUGUGGGAAUGGAGAGAGCCUUGAGAGCUUCGGCAUAAACAGAGACGUUCAGGCCGGGAGGCAGCGGCCAGUCUCAGUGAUAGGAUUUGGGGAUAUUUUCUCUCCUGAUGCUGAGGAGAAGGACGACCGCCUUCCUUCUCCCCUGUCUCGGCCUCCCAUCCCCUCCCACCAGGUGCCCCCCUACAGAGCAGUGUCAGCCAGGUUUCGCCCCUCCACCCUCUCCCAGAGCACCCCCAUCGGCCUGGACCGCGUUGGACGGCGUAGGCUCCAUAGAGUGCUCAGCGAUGGCGUGUCCGAAUGCGGGGCAACACUUGAUGACAGCGUGAGUGAGGAGGAGGAGGGCAGCUUCGAUGAGCUCACUGAUGUCACGCCCUACCUCCAGCCAGGGGUGGAGCUCUCCGUGCUCAACGAGUGGAUAAGCUCUGGCCACACGGUGUAUGCUGAGGCUCUCUGGGACCAUGUGACCAUGGAGGAGCAGGAGCUGGCCUUCAAAGCUGGGGAUGUUAUCCGUGUACUGGAGGCCUCACAUAAGGACUGGUGGUGGGGCAGGGGGCCUGACAAGGAGGCCUGGUUCCCCUCCAGCUUUGUGAGGGUGCGAGUGAACCAGGAGGACUCGGGUGCAGAAAGUGUGGAGAGCGUAGCGGACCAGGAAGAUCCAACUCCCAGGGACACACACAGCGCUCAGCACAAGGAGCAGAUGAGAACCAAUGUUGUUCAGGAAAUCAUGAAUACUGAACGCAUCUACAUCAAGCACCUAAGGGACAUCUGUGAGGGUUACAUCCGUCAGUGCCGUAAACACCCAGACAUGUUCACCGAGCUGCAGUUGAAGACCAUCUUCAGCAACAUAGAGGACAUCUACAGGUUUCAGAGGCAGUUUCUCAGAGACCUGGAGAAGAAAUACAACAAAGACCAACCACAUCUCAGUGAAAUAGGCUCUUGUUUUCUUUUACAGGGAGAGGGCUUCUCUAUCUACUCUGACUACUGUAACACUCAUCCAGCAGCCUGCGCUGAGCUGCAGCGCCUCAUGAAGUCGGGCAAAUACAAGCAUUUCUUUGAGGCCUGCCGGCUCCUCCAGCAGAUGAUCGACAUUUCCAUCGCAGGUUUCUUGCUCACGCCCGUCCAGAAGAUCUGUAAAUACCCGCUGCAGCUGGGAGAACUGCUCAAGUACACCCCCAAAGACCACAGUGACUACAGUGGAGUGAGCAAAGCCUAUGAGGCUAUGAAGAAUGUGGCCAGUCUGAUAAACGAGAGGAAGAGACGGCUGGAGAGUGUUGACACCAUCGCUCACUGGCAGGUGGCCAUUCUGCACUGGGAGGGAUCCGACGUGCUGGAGCGCAGCUCAGAGCUGAUCCACUCUGGUGAGCUGACUCGAAUCGUCCGACAAGGCAAAAUGCAACAGCGCAGCUUCUUCCUGUUUGACCACCAGUUGGUCUUCUGUAAAAAAGACGUCCUGCGUAGGGACCUGCUCCACUACCGUGGUCGGCUGGAUAUGGACCAGACCGAAGUGGUGGACGUGCCCGACGGGCGGGACCUAGACCUGGGCCUGACCCUGAGGAAUGCUCUACGCCUGCGCAACUCCUCCACCCUGGAGCUUGUGUGUGUGCUGUGCUGCAGGAAGGCCCAGGACAAGCAGAGGUGGUUACAGGCCUUUGCCAAGGAGAGAUACAGAGUCAAGGAAGACCAAGAGAUGGGAAUGGAAAUCAGUGAAGCGCAAAGAAAACAGGCCAUUGUUAACGCCAGAAGAGCCAAACAGGGGAAGAGCAAAACCAUUGGUUACUCUGGUUCUGUCCCACCACACCACCAAAACCUGCACCCACUUCACCAGCGUCACAUCACCAUUCCAACCAGCGUGCCUCAGCAGCAGGUCUUUUCACUGGCCGAGCCCCCAAAACGAAAGCCUUAUCACCUGUUGUACAGCAUCACCCGCAACGCCUUUUUCAGGAAAUGAGGCUUUUGCUCCCUGACCCCCCCCCCCCGUGCAUGUUCACAGCACGCCCAAACCGUCCGGAAGACUCAAAGAACACUUUAUUUUUUCCUGCCUGUGAAUGUACCAUCAAGUUCUGUUUUUGUGCCUCAUGUGUCUUUCUCAGUGUGUCCGUUCUGUCUUGUCGCAUGUUGACAUUCAGUGCCUAAAAUUUGGAAAGGGGCAUGACAAAAGUGUUAAAAUACUGACUCUGUCCAUUUUGUUGGUGUGUUAAAGAUGCUGCUCACUCAAAGAGACCCCCACUCCUUUGUCUUAUUAAUUCCAGCCGAAAGAUGUUUUUUAUGUUCAUGACAACGAUGUAUGUUCUGCUUUUACGUUUUAGUUUAUUUCACGAAGG